AUGUUCUGCAGCUUGUGGGAUGUAUUCUGCACCGCCAAUUUGGUGAGGCAAGACAAGGCUGCACAAGACUUAUCCAAGCCAGAAGAUGAAGCUGUGAAAAAGGAGCACAAGAAAAUGCUUGCACAUCUGACUAGGGAUGUCCAAGAGUAUCACAUGAACACCUUUCAGAAGAUUGUCAUGUUGGCACCUCACCUGGGCAUGCUUGCUAGAGGUAACAAGAAGCAACAAAGAGAACUUGAUUGGAUUCUUGCUAAGAUGCAAGAAAUCAUUGGUCAAACUUGCUCUGAAGACCUUGCUGGUAUGCUCUGUCUGAUCAAGCACAUUCAAUCCUAUCAGAACAAGCCAAGAAAAGUACAAGCACAACUCCAAAACAGCAAGAUCAAAGUUCAUGUCAAAGUUCAUGCUGGUGUUUGGCUGGCACUUUCAUAUGCCAGUAAUCCUCCAGGAAAAGACUCCAACCCUGGUAAUGUUCAGGGAGGAUUUUUGCAAGGGUAUCUCCUCAAACAAGUUCUCAGGCAUAUUUACACAAGUCCCUCAUCUGUGCUCAUCAAUGACAGAGAGAAGACUACUGUCUGUUCUGGUAACACAAAACUUCACAACAUGCAAAAGGUAGAGGUGGAGCACAUAGCCUAUGCCUUUGUUCAGGCUUGCUAUGGUAUCUCCUCUUGGGACAAGUGGUCCAAGAAUGACGGUAAAUACAGUUACUGUGAUGCAUACUACCACACCAUCAAAGCUAUCCACAAGGCACCUGACUCCAAUUGGGCAAAGUCCCUCCUUGAGUGGUGGAAUAAGUGA